AUGGUGAUAGAUAAUGAUUCCUUAUACUUGUAUAAUCUCACUUUGAAGCAUUCUCUGUCGUUUAAUCUUUCACUUUUGGGACAAUUCUUAGGAGAUAAGAAAUCACAGGAGAUUGUCGUUAUAUCAUCUACUAUUCAAUUAUUGAAACCAGAUGUUAAUACGGGAAAGAUUGAGAUUAUUAGUACUCAGAAUGCUUUAGGUGUGGUUAAUUGUAUCGAUAAAUUGAGAAUCAUAGGGACUCAGAGAGAUUUGUUGGUUUUAACUAGUGAUUCUGGAAAUUUGUCAAUCUUGGAAUAUAAAGAUAAUAAAUUCAUAUCAAAUUAUCAAAUUGGCAUUACCAAAUCAGGAUUUUCAAGAAUUAAUCCUGGUGAAUAUUUACUAGUGGAUCCUCAAAAUAGAUGUAUCUUAGUAGGAGCCAUUGAAAAGAAUAAAUUGAUCUAUAGGAUUCAAUCCAAUGAAGAUGGGAAACUUGAAUUAUCAUCUCCAUUAGAAGUCAAUACCAAACAUUUAUUAACCGUCAAUAUGACUGCUCUUGACAGUGAGUACGAUAACCCUAUAUUCGCUGCUAUAGAGUGUGAUUAUGGUGUGUAUCAAGAUGAUGAAGAACUAUAUGAUCCUCAGAGUACACCACUUCAAUUAAAUUAUUAUGAAUUUGAUCAAGGUUUAAAUCAUAUCAUAAAACGAAAAUCAAAAUCAUCCAUCCCGGCAUCGGCAUCUCAUUUAAUCCCACUUCCAGGUCAUAUAGGUGGUGUUCUCAUCUGCUGUGAGAAUUACCUCAUUUACGAUUCACCCAAUAAGAAUAUCGAACGUAUAUAUUUACCCAUCCCAAUACGACAAACAUCAACUACAUCCAUUAUAAUCAAUCAUGUUUUACAUCGGUUGAAGAAGAAUAAUUUCUUUAUCUUAUUGCAAAGUUCUAAUGAUGAUUUAUUCAAAUUAACAAUGGAUUAUAAUAAUGAUACCGAAGUGAUUGAGAAAUUCAAUAUUUUUUAUUUCGAUACUAUUCCAGCUUCAACAUCAUUAAAUAUUCUUAAGAGUGGAUUCUUAUUCGCUAAUGUUCUUAAUAAUGAUAAAUUAUUUUAUCAAUUUGAAAAAUUAGGUGAUGAUUCAACCGAAACUAUCAUAUCAUCGAUAGAUUAUCCUGAUUUAGAAUCGAUCAACAAUAUAGAUACCGCAAAUGUAAGUUUUGAAUUGAGAGGGUUGGAUAAUCUAGCAUUGGUGGAUGUGAUCGACACUUUAAGUCCUAUUACUGACAGUUCAUUUGUUGAGGUUCAUUCUGAUACAUCUCCUGAUCCUAUAAAACAAUUAUUAACUUUAUCAUCACAUUCAUAUUUAAAGAGUUUGAUUCAUGGUGUGCCUGUUUCAACCCUUGUUACAUCUCCCUUACCAAUCAUACCUACAGAUGUAUUCACCACUAAAUUGUUUUCAAAAUCAACCAAUGAUGAGUAUCUAGUAAUAACAUCCUCAUUAUCUUCCAAAACAUUGGUAUUAUCUAUUGGAGAAGUGGUUGAAGAAGUUGAAGAAUCAGAAUUUGUCCUGGAUCAAAUCACGAUCGGAAUACAACAGGUUGGUACGUCAUCAAUAGUACAAAUAUAUUCCAAUGGUAUUAAACAUAUCAAACAUAUCAAAAAUGAUGAUGGGGAAACUAUCGACAGGAAAACUACUGACUGGUUCCCACCUGCCGGUAUUACAAUCUUAAAAGCAAGUAGUAAUAAUAAUCAAGUCAUUAUUGGACUUUCGAAUUCAGAAAUAAGAUACUUUGAAAUAGAUCAAUCCGAUGAUCAAUUGAUUGAAUAUCAAGAUAAAAUCGAAUUAUCAAGUCCUAUAACAGCAUUAACCAUUGCUGAUUCAAGAAACGUCAAGAAAAGUUUAUUCGCCAUUGUAGGUUGUUCAGAUGAAACUAUUCAAGUCUUAUCCUUACAGCCUCAUAAUUGUCUUGAAAUCCUUUCCUUGCAAGCAUUAUCAUCACAUAGUACAUCACUAUUAUUAAUUCUGGAUAAAGAUGGUAAAUCAACCGUUCAUAUCGGAAUGGAUAACGGUUUAUACGUCAGAACUGCCCUUGAUGAGAUUAAUGGAGGUUUGUCAGAUACCAGAAUUAAAUAUUUGGGUUCCAAACCUGUAAGUUUAUCAUCAGUUUCAUUAGCUACCAUCCCGCAAGCGGUAUUGGCAGUCUCUUCCAAACCUUGGAUAUGUUAUAAUCUUAAUGAGAGUUAUAAGGUGACGCCAUUGUUAGGUACGAAAUUAUCGAAGGGGGUUUCAUUCAUUUCAGAAGAUAUUGGUGGUGAAGGUAUCGUUGCUAUUGAUGGUAAUGAUUUGAUUAUUUUCACCAUUGGAGAGGAGGAUACUGUAUUUGAUCAAAAUCAAGAUUUCAAUAUCAAAAAGUUGAAAUUGAGAUACACUCCUCGAAAAUUAGUGGUUGAUAAUAGUUCUCUGACUGCCACUAAUAAAGUUGUGUACAUUGCAGAAUCUGAUUUUGGAGUUAAGGGUCCAUAUCCAUCAUUUCAGUCUACUGAAUCAACUAAACAAGAGAUUGAUGAAGAGUAUUUUGAUGCAUUUGGAUAUGCUAAAAAGCUAAAUUCUUGGGCUACUUGUAUUCAAGUUGUAAAUAUCGUUAAUGAAGAAGCUAACGAAAUCAUCCAAUCACUCGAAUUUCUUAAUGAUGAAACAAUCUUAUCUAUGACUAAGAUUAAAUUUGAAUCAACAGGUAGCCAUGAACAUUUAAUUGUGGGAACAUCAACCAACCAGAAAUUCUUACCCAAUUCAUGUGAUGCAAGUCAUUUAUACACUUUUAAGAUAAACCCCAAGAAACAACUGACUUUAGAAUUUAUUCAUAAGACAGAAUUAGAUGAACAACCAGUAGCCAUAAUAUCCUUCAAAGGAAAGUUAUUAGUCGGAAUGGGUAAAUAUUUACGAUUAUACGAUCUUGGUCAAAAACAAUUAUUAAGAAAAUCUUCUACAAAUAUAUCAUACCUCACCAAUAUCACUAAGUUGGUUUAUCAGGGAGGAUAUAGAAUCGUUAUUGGGGAUGCUCGUAACUCGAUCGUGUUUGCCAAAUUCGAUGAUGAAGAAAAUAUCUUUAUUCCAUUUGCAGAUGAUAUCGUCAAGAGACAAAUCACUUCAUUGUCAAAAUUAGAUUAUAAUACUGUGAUUGGAAGUGAUAAAUUCGGUAAUGUAUUCGUAUCACGAGUUCCACCUCUUAUAUCUCAACAAUCUGAUGAAGAUUGGAGUUUAGUCAAACAUCAAGAUUCCUAUUUAAAUGGAUCAGGAUCGAGACUUGAUAAUAUUUGUGAGAUUUAUUUACAUGAUAUAAUUACUUCUUUCCAUAAAGGAAGUAUCAAUAUGGGAGGUCAAGAAAGUAUUAUAUAUAGUGGAUUACAAGGUACUAUUGGAUUAUUAUUACCAUUAGCUAGUAAACAAGAAGUUGAAUUCUUGAAUAAGUUGGAAUUAACCCUUCGAAAGUAUUUUAAUGAAGAUGAUGAUAAUUUAGGGAUUAAUUUAUUAGGAAGGGAUCAUUUGAAAUUCAGAAGUUAUUAUAAUCCGGUGAAGAACAUCAUUGAUGGAGAUUUAAUUGAGAAAUUCUUUGCUUUACCUCAAUCUACUAGGAUCAAGCUUUCUCGAGAAGUAGAUAGAACUCCAAAGGAUAUUGAAAAGAAAAUCAGUGAAUUAAGAAAUAGAUCAGCAUUUUAA